GAGAGGGGGCACUGUGGUUUCAGGCCGGACAUCUGUCGCUUGAGAUGUUUCUUUCUCUCUGAGCCGGGGUCCGCAUUUAUUGAAUGGAGCCAGUGACCUGUCAGUCUUGACUGAUGGGACCUCUUGUGUGGGAAAAUCGCACAGCCAAAGCGCUUGACCAUUCACAUGCUAAUUGUGCCCUAUAAAUACGGGGACCGUGCCGCGCCGUGAGCCCUAGAGACGCACACAAACCAGAGAAGUUUCACUUUUACGCACGACCCUCAGAGGAAAGAUAUGACUGCCUCAUCCGUGGGACACAACGUGGCCAAACACCCCACUGCCAAAGAGGAUAGAAAGCUUCGGAAACCACUUAUCGAGAGAAAGAGGCGCGAGAGGAUAAAUAACUGUCUGGAUCAGCUAAAAGAGACGGUGAUUGGAGCAUUCAGACUCGAUCAGUCUAAACUGGAAAAGGCGGAUAUUCUUGAGAUGACUGUGAAACACCUGCAAAACAUUCAGAAGAGCAAACUCAGUGACCCCCUGUUAGGCCUAGAGGCACAGCAGAGAUACAGCACUGGGUACAUCCAAUGCAUGCACGAGGUCCAUAACAUGCUCCUCACCUGCGACUGGGUGGACAAAAACCUUGGGUCCCGUCUUCUCAAUCAUCUCCUCAAAUCCCUGCCCAGAUCUGGAGAUGAGCCAGGCCUACUGCCCCCUGCUGGUGCCAGUCUCCCUCCUCCAAUCAGCAGCCCAAGUCGUGCCCAAGUACUCCCAGGUUCACCAUCCAGACCAGACCACCCCACGCCUCCUACAAGUGUCCAGGUUCAGAGCCCUCAUAUUGGGGGCGUGCUGGAGAUGUGGCGUCCCUGGUGAAUGUUUGGUGGAUAAUUUAAUGAUAUCUGUUUUGUUAGACUAUCCUCUCAUAUGUAUCUUAUAGAUAUGUUGUUCCUAAGAAACUCUUGGUGCGGUUUGUGCUCCAUUGAUGGUUAUAAAUAGGUUGUUUUCACAUGAUGUCACUAACUUCAUAUAGGAUCAGAUCAAAAACAUUUAAAGGUGCACUAUGUAACUUUUCUAGUAUUUCACAGUUUGGCAUUGAACAUAUCUAUCUCAACGGAAACAAGCAGGUUAAGCCACCAGGUCAAG